UCACUUGUGCACUGUGCACCUCUGGCCAUGGACGAUGCGAAGAUUUCGCGUGGACGCCUGAUCCUUGUGUGUGGCGCCUCCGGUUCGGGCAAGUCCUCCCUGGCAGAAGCGCUGGGGGAAGCUAUAGGAUGCGCCAACAUCCUGCAUCAAGACAACUAUUUUUUGAAGCCUUUCCUGAGCUACAAGGAACGAGUGGACGAUUCCUUUGAAGGUCCCGCACAUGUGGACUGGCCGCGCCUGCGACGGGAUGUGCGUGAAGCCUUGGAGAAGAGCGAUAAGAGCAUCGUUGAGGGACACCUGGUGGCUGCAGAUGAGGAGUCAGCUUACGCUGCAGCCCGGUGCGACCAAUGGCUGCGCCAAUGUGACAAUGCAAGUCUCGUUGUGCUGCUUCGAUGUCCUCCGGAGCUUUGCAAGACGCGGCGCCUGCAGCGCCGUCCCCGGGAGGUGGCGGAGGCGCAAGAGCUGUCGGACUACAUCGACCGCUUUGUGUUGCCGGCGUUUCUGAAGUAUGGUCAGCCUGCCCUGGAUGCAUUGGAGGAGAGCUGCCGCGAAAGCUCCACCUCUGUCCUGACCUUCGACGCCGCGAUCACCACGGUGGCCGAGCAGUUGGAAAUCCUGCGGCUGGCGAUGGGCGACGUCACUUGAGGUGGCCGCUCUACUGAAGAACGUGCCAGCUGAGUUCGGUUGGCCUCCCUGCUGACGAUGUGCCGGCACGAUGAAGGAAGGCAGGCUGAUGGAGGGCAGCAUGGCAUGGCUGCAACAGAUCGAGGCUCAGUGGUGCCCCAAGCCAGCCUUUGUAUCGAUUAAUGCCGGCAGCUCCAUUGGACGCUGCCGGCCAUGGCGCGCAUCAACUGGAGUCGGUUAAGCUGAUGUCCGCUCAGGGAUUCAUCAAUUGGAUUUAUUCGCUGCAACCGAAGGAGCCACGUGGUGUGUAGCUUGGGCAUUUGAAGGCCACCAAAGCAGUGAUUCAAGCCUUAGAAAGGCAGAAAAUCUGAGAGAGAGAGAGAGGGUGACUCUGGACGUGAUGCACCUGCUGUAAAUCCCAAAGUGCAAGGUUGAAGUUGGAGCCUUGAAAUUUUCCUUGAAUCUGUGGGCCACCAAAUCCCAUGCUGCCAUUGGUUCAAGGUAUCCAGCAUGAUGGCAAUGUGUGC